AUGGGAAUGAAGAAGGAAGAGCUGGACUACGUGCUGGUGCCGCUGGGGCUGGCGGUGAUGACCGGGUACCACGCGUGGCUGCUCCUCCGCGUCCGCCGGCAGCCGGCGACCACCGUCAUCGGCGUGAACGCCAUCAACCGCCGCAUCUGGGUUCGUCACAUCAUGGAGGAGCCAUCCGGGAAGCACGCGGUGCUGGCGGUGCAGACGAUCCGCAACAACAUCAUGGCGUCGACGCUGCUGGCGUCGACAGCCAUCACCCUGAGCUCCCUGAUCGCGGUCCUCAUGUCCAGCGGCGGUGGAGGCGCCACCGCCGCCUCCAACAACAACAACAGCAACGGCGGCCUCCUCCCGGGCGCGCCGCUGGUGGUGGGCGCGACGGGCGCGCCGGCGCUGUCGGCCAAGUUCUUCGCGAUCCUGGUGUGCUUCCUGGUAGCGUUCCUCCUCAACGUGCAGUCCAUCCGGUACUACAGCCACGCGAGCGUGCUUGUGAACGUGCCGCCGCCGCCGGCGGCGGCGGCGGCGCACCGGCACCGCUGCGGCCGGGCCGUCGGGUACGUCACGGACAUGCUAAACCGCGGCAGCUACUUCUGGUCGCUCGGCGCGCGCGCGUUCUACUUCUCCUGCCCCGUCUUCCUCUGGCUCUUCGGGCCGAUCCCGAUGUUCGUGGCGUGCGUCGCGUUGGUCUGCGCGCUCUACUUCCUCGACGUGUGCAAGGACUGGGAGGAGGAAGGCGACGGCCAUGGCCACUGUCAUUGUAUUAGUGAUGACGAGAGGUCAAGACAAGGGAAGGAUGCAGAGCAGCAAGUGUAG